AUGGCAACUAAAGGGUCAUCGAUUUACAAGGGAUCUGACCUGAUUCAUGACUUCUGUUGUUCCAAAUGUAAGCAAAACGACUUGAACACAGAAGCCCACAACUUCUGUCCUGAGUGUGGGCACUAUCUGUGUGAGAAGUGUGUUGGUCUACACAAUGGCUACCAUAACAGUCACAAUGUGUUUGGGCGUGGCGAUAUUGAACAGUGGUUGGUGUCAUCAAUUGACAGAUGUGACCAACAUGGCAAAGAGCUAGAGGUCCAUUGUGAUGAUCACCAGGAACCGUGCUGCAGUAUCUGUGUAGCAGUCAACCACAGGUUGUGCAACAGCAUCAGUCACAUCCCUGACAUUGCCAAAGGAUUCCAGACGAAAACUGAGUUCAAGCAGCUGCCAGCAGCAGUGGACAAGAUGAGGAGCAGCUUGGAUGAGCUCAAGAAGUCACGUACAAAGGACCAAGCUGAAUUUCAGAAGUGGUAUAAGAAUAUUGUAGCUGAAAUCAAGUUUCUUAGGAAAGAGAUAGAUUCAAUUCUAGAUCAGAUUGAGAAAGCAACAAUUGAACAACUAGACAACACCAUUGGUGAUUUGGAAAAUGAUGUCAGAGAUGAUGUUAAAAAAUGUGUCAAUAUGAAUGAUCAACUGAAAAGACUGAUGGAAAAUUUCAAUCAAAUGAUUGGAAAAUGCAAGGAGACAAAAUCCUAUAUUGUAUACAGAAAAUGUACAGCUAAAUUAAACCAAACUGAUUAUCUUAUUAGUGAAAUACAGAGAAAACCAAAGGAAGAAAUCCAUUUUGAAUUUGAUAAAACCAUUGUGUCAUCACUCAAAAGUCUGAAGACAUUUGGUUUCACUGGGAUGAACUAUUCCAAACAAGACAAAUAUUGCACUUAUCAGGUCUUAAGUUCAAAGCAAUAUAAUGUUAAAAUGAAUAAGGAUGAAGAGACAUGUACCAUAACAGGGAUAUGUGGGUUGCCCAGUGGACACAUAGUCAUAUCAGAUGGAAGAUGGAACGGUUCAAUCAAACUUCUGAACAGCCAAUUUGAAGUCAUUGAUCACUGUGAUUUAUCUGCUCCUAAUGACGUAUGUAGCAUUGCAGCCAAUGAGGUAGCUGUGGCAGUUUGUAACAGUACAAAGAAAGACGAAGUACAAAUUAUCAAAGUUGCUCAGGGGAGAUUUCAGAAAAAGAGAAAGUUCACCACAGCUUAUAGUUGCUUCUCUAUCGCUCACCACCAGGAUAAACUUUAUGUGAGCUCCAAAACUGCCCUCUACCAGUACACCAUGGAUGGAGAGAUUGUUAAGAAGAUCCAUGAAGACAACUCUGGAAAGUUGACUGUCCUCAGAUGUGCAGUUAGUCCUGAUGGAGAGAUCAUAUAUGUUUCAAACUUUGAUGAAAAUAAAUUGAUAUCACUGGAUAGAUGUGGGCGAGUGUUAUCUUCAUUCACCGAUCCUGAACUACGAAAAGUAUUUGGACUUUGUGUAAGCCCGUGUGGCUUAGUGUUUGUUUCUGGGUGUGGUUCUGUCAUUCAGGUGGACAGUGAGGGUACAAAAAAGCUGGCCACCUUGGCCAGAAAGGUUGAUGGCAUGAACACACCAAUAUCAUUAUGCUUAGUUGAGAACACAUCCACUCUUGUUGUUGGUGGAAAGAAAGAGGAUGACAUUGUUGUUCUUCAGUUAGGGAAAAUGUGUGAAAAUGAAAAUAUCAUAUGAAAAUUAAAUACUUAACAAAUCAAAGUUCAGAAUCGAGGAAAAGCUUAGUUGUCUCAGAUUGGCCGUUUAAAUUGCAAUAAUUGAUUACUACUGCUGCUGCGAUUUUUUUGUUGUCAUCAGUGAUGAUUAAUGAUUUGGGCUUAAUUUGAUGUUGUACAUAUUUAUAUUAUUUUGUCAUUAUCAUCUCUGUCUCAGUUAUGCAUUUGUCAUUGGCAUCCUUAUUGUAAUGAACGAAUGUGUGUUUUUAUUGCAUUUAAUGUUUAUGACACAUAUAAGUUGUUGUUUUUAAAUGUUGUUGAUUUAGCAUUAAAAUUUUCUUUCAAACAAUUAAACAACGAUCAGCUCAUACCUACAUUGCAUUGAAGAGCUUGAAUGCACAAACACAUUCACAUGAAAGUUGUUUUAACAUUUUCAUCAUGUUAAAAGUUCAUUGAUUUGAUUUUAUGAUAUAAGUCAACAAACACAAUUUUCAUUCAUAAAUAAUUAUAUAAUUGUUAAUUGCAAUCUAAAUCUGGUUGGUAUCGUUUAACAGUUUAUGAUUAUAGGAAUGACAUAUUAUUCACUUUUCUGAGUAUUCAUCAGUGUGCACUGUCAAAUCAUGAGUCGUCUCUCGUUGAAGAUUUAAGAUUUCACUGAAAUAUCCCUUACUUGUCAAUACAUUUAUAUAUACGGUAACUGAAUUUAUUUUAUUUAUCCGAUAUGUAUUAAUAUGUAUUUUGCUCUCUGUUAACAUUGUCAUCCUUUGUUAUUUUGUUAAAUCACGUGAUUAAAUACCAGGAAUUAAACAUUAUCAUGUGACCAAAAAGAAAAAGUUCUCAAACGGAACAUUAGGUCAACAUCCACUAUUAUUUAUAUUUGUGAUAGUUUCACUAGUAACUUAGUUAUUACACAUUUGUUAGGCAAUUAAACCAUAAUGUGCCACUUGUCAAGUAACCAUUUUGUAAAUGCAAUGUGCAUGUAUGUGACUGUUUGUCGUUGUGAUAUUUGCAUGGUAUUUUGUUGAAAUGUUUGAUCAGGGGUCAUAUUGACCUAUUUCAAAAACAUCGUUUGUAUAUACUUUUUCGAUGAAUAAACGUUCUUCUUCU